ACCGAGCCCCGCGCGCCCGCCGGCCCCGCCCCGCCCCGAGCAGAGGGCGCAGCUCCCAGCCGGGCAACCCCCAAACGGCAGUUGGGCUGUGAGGAGUCGCGCCGCUCCCUCCCACGCAGUGGACUCCUUCGAGGCCAAAAACUUGCUUGCCAUGUCGGCUGCGGAGGCGGGAGGUGUUUUCCGCAGAGCUCGGGGUAGGACCCUGGACGCGUUUUCCUCAGAAAAGGAAAGGGAAUGGAAAGGCCCAUUCUACUUCAUCCAAGGUGCAGACCCACAGUUUGGACUGAUGAAGGCCUGGUCCACUGGGGAUUGUGACAGCGGCGGUGACGAGUGGGAGCAGGAGAUCCGUCUGACUGAGCAAGCCGUCCAGGCUAUCAACAAGCUGAACCCCAAGCCCAAGUUCUUUGUUCUGUGCGGGGACCUCGUCCAUGCCAUGCCCGGGACGCCCUGGCGGAAGGAGCAGACGGAGGACCUGCAGCGGGUGCUCAGGACCGUGGACGGCGAGAUCCCGCUGGUCCUCGUCAGCGGCAACCAUGACGUGGGCAAUGUCCCCACCCCCGAGACCAUCGCGGAGUUCCAGCGGACCUGGGGAGAUGACUAUUUCAGCUUCUGGGCUGGGGGCGUCCUGUUCCUCGUCCUCAACUCCCAGUUCUUCUACGAUGCCUCCAUGUGCCCUGCCUUGAAGCAGGCCCAGGACCAGUGGCUGGACCAGCAGCUGAGCAUUGCAGGGCAGCAGAAGUGCCAGCACGCCGUCGUCUUCCAGCACAUCCCGCUGUUCCUGCAGAGCAUCGACGAGGACGACGACUACUUCAACCUCACCAAGCUGGUGCGGAAGGAGAUGGCAGACAAGUUCUCCCAAGCAGGUAUCAAAGCUGUGUUCUCAGGCCACUACCACAGAAAUGCCGGGGGCACCUACCAGGACCUCGACAUGGUGGUAUCAUCUGCCAUCGGAUGCCAGCUGGGCAAAGACACCCAUGGGCUCCGAGUCGUGGUGGUCACCGCUAAGAAAAUCAUCCAUCGAUACUACAGUUUAGAUGAGCUGAGUGAGAAGGGAAUAGAAGACGAUCUGAUGGAUUUGUUGAAGGAAAAAUGAUUGCCGAUUAUGAUUUAUUCACUUUUCACUUCUACUAUUGUUUCAUUUUAGAAGAAACAGCAGCUGCACACAACCCCUUAUUGAAAUAAAAAAGUAUACCAGGCAGAUUUGUGAAUUUAUGUCCUUUUGCUUAAAUCAGAGAGCUAGGUCCUGUCGUAAAUGAUAUUUAAAAUAGAACUGCCCUCCCUAUGCAAAAGAGAGGGGAGGAGCCUGGAAAUGAAAGAAUAAAUGAUAUUAUUAGAAUCUC